UCCGACUUACAUACAGAUUCAACUUAAGAGCAAACCUACAGUCCCUAUCUUGUAGUAACCUGGGGAUUGCCUGUAUAUGUGUAUAAACAAGUUUACAUGUGUGUGUACACGGCCAGACAGGAGACAUACUUGAGAAAUGUGUGAGAGAGAAAGAGACAGGAAAGAUACAACUGAUGAAACUCAUGAAAUGGAUAUACUGAAUAACUGGACGAUUAAAAGUGACACUAUAGUUUGACUCCGUUCAAACGGGAGAAUUCAAAUAGGAAGCUAAGGUAAAAGCUACACAGGCAUGUGCAUGUAAACUAAGCAUCCACCUUCCCUCAAAUCACUGUGCACAACAGCGGCUGUCUGUGCGCUGAACCCUCCAUCUGGACAACAAUCACUUCAGAUCAUUUUAACUCUUUUUUCCUAUUUCAUUAUGUUGUUCUCAAAUUCCUCCUCUUAAUGGGGGAAAAGGGAGCCCACGCCUCAUCCUUCUCUCGGCUCCGAUUGGCUGAAAGUUUCCGAUCCCUGUUCCAAUUGGAGAAUCACAAAUCAUCUCCCUCCUGUUCCUCCCUCCGGCCCGCGCGCAUUCACCCUUACUCCACCCUCGUUGAAUCUGACCAGCAACCUGCGGACACCGUAGUUCGCUUCACUAUGAGCCCUCUGGCUACUUUCAUCCUCGCUGCGUUUUCCCUGGCUCUGAAUCGCAGCAUCCCUGCGGACUAGUAGGAAGCGGGAGGAAAACCCUGAGAACUUUUGCGGAGGCGGCCUGGGGAGAUGGAUGGCGGGGACGUAAAGGCAUUAGCUCUCCAAGAACAUUCCCGCACGGUGGUGGGGAAAGAUUUUCUCUCUGGCAUAUGAUUCCUCCUUCUGCUUUCUUGGGAGAAGAGAGCUCAGGGAAGAUGCCUCGGGUGCUGUGGGCUCUUUGCUUUGGAGUCCUGGAGACGGUCCUUUGCAGUUUCUCAGAAGAUCACUGCAGCUGGAGGGGGAGUGGCUUGUCCCAGGAAUCAGAAAGCGUGGAGCAGAUCUCUCUACACUGUGCUGAAGGCUUACUUGAGUGGCUGUACCCAGCUGGAGCCUUACGCCUCAGCCUCUCCCCCCGCCUCCCCAUGAGCACCGCAGCCAAAGGGAAGAGCCCCAGGCAGAUCACCACUUGUAUCAAGCCCUCCAGCACCUUCCAAGGAGCUCAGAUCUAUCUGGAGAGGGAUGGGAUCCUGGAACUUCUGCUGUCUGAGACAGAUGCCUCCCUCCGUCCUAGGGUGCGCUGCUUCAGUUGGCUGCCCCAGGAAAAAGUGGCACUCUUUCUUCAGUCUACCUUGCACCAGGACAUCAGCCGUCGGAUUGCUGCCUUCCGCUAUGAGCUGCGGGGAGACUGGAACUCACGCCUCUCACUGCCCUCCAGCAGCCUCAGCCUGGAAGGGGCAUGCCGGCCAUGUAAUGACACCGAGAUCUUGAUGGCCAUUUGCACUAGUGACUUUGUCAUUCGUGGCAACAUCCGGACUGUCUCCAAUGAUGUCGAGAGGCAAGAAUCCGUCAUCAGCGUGAGUGCCACCCGGGUUCACCGGCAGAAAUUCACUCUGUUCCAGCCUGUCAGUAAAUCCAGCAAAUCAAUGGGCAGCAUCCACACCCUGCUGCGGUGUGGUGUGAAACCAGGACCCGGCAGCUUCCUUUUCAUGGGGUGGCUGCACUUUGGGGAGGCCUGGCUCAGCUGUGCUCCCCGUUACAAAGACUUUCAGCGCAUCUACGAGAUUGCACACCAGGCUCAUGAGAACCCCUGUGAAGUCUUGCUGGACUGAGUGAUGAUAGCAGGGGCAUUCAGCCUGACCCUUAGGCAUGGAGAUCACCAGCUAAACAAUGGUGCCAUCAAGAGCUCACAUUCACCAGCCUGGGGAUAGCAAGAAUUCUCCCCAUCCCAUACCCACCUGCAGUGGUUCCCAUUCCUACUUCACAUGCUCUGUGCUGAAGCGAGUUGUAGGGUACCUUCUGUGCUACCAGGAACCUGGAUCCUGGCAGGAGAUCCCCAGAUUGCUGAUUAGGAUCAGGCACAUGUUGAGUAACAUAAAGGAAAUUAAACCCUUCCCAUGUGGGGAACAGUAACACAAACAGCUGACUAAUGGAGAGCAGGACUUGUAGUCAACCAUCCCUUUAAGCAGCUUGAAUAGACAAAAAUGCCAGUGAAAUGGCAGCUAAGUCAUCCUUACUAUCCCAAGAUUCAUUGCCAGGUAAGUCCCAGCACUGAGGGACUCUCUUGCAAUGUUGUGACUGUUCAGACCAAGUAUCGAAGUGGACUGAGUGUGGGGAGAUGAUGGAUCACUGGACCUGGAAAUCAAUGCAUGACCAUCUCUGCACCUCAUUUUGCACUGAAACAUACCAACACAAUAUGGAAAAGGCAUUGGCAAAACUAGCCAAAGGCAGGGGAAAAUCCUGCCCAAAUAAAGAGGCAUGCUAACUCCACCAGGUUUGACCCACCAUAGGAUCUGAUUCAGCAAAGCUCUUGAGCUGUCAGUCCCGUUGACUUCAAAAAGACUAAUGCCCAGAGCCUCAAAGGUAUUUAGGAACCUAUGUGCUUCACAGAAGUGGGGCCUUGUUGCCAUGACAUCUGUUCUGAAGUGGUCCUGCUCCCUCUCCUUCCCCUAGAGAAGCUUCACCCCUCCAGUGAGGGGAGGAAGACCCAGGAAGUGACAGCUAUCAUGUUUACAUUCCAUUUAGUAUUUGUUUGGGUAGAAAUGUGAAGAUACUGCUUUGUACACAGUGUGGUGAGACAGUGGUGGACAACAGAGCUAUGGGAGGAGAGUCAGAGUAGGGCUGGGAAUAUCUGCUUGGUGGGCUUCUGAACAGACAUAAAUUCAUGGUUCACAACCCGGUUGCCAAAAAGAUGCCCCAUGGAGUCUUCACAGGUGUCUUGUGUCCUUGACAUUUAGGGAGCGUUCACUGGAGGGGUCCAGCUUUACCCUGUGGUAGCAGAGCAGAACAUGGGUGUCAUACUGUACCUGCCUGGGGAGAAGGAAAUUUACCAGCUACAGGUUUUGGAUGUUGGGGAAGCAGUUUCUAUUUGCCAGAAGGGAAAGACAUUAGCAGCUCUUAGGUUUUGGUUAAAUCAUUAUGUACAUUUAUACACAAGCUCCGUGCUACUCUUCAAGCUCCUGCCAGCAGAACCCUCACUCAAAGUCCCAUGCAUAGACUUUGGUGCCACCUCUCUUCACAUUUACCUCUAUCCCGCUAACCUAGCAUGGUUCCUGCCUUCAGAAACACUCAAAAUGCAGAACCACCAAACAGCUUCUCAGGAACUUUAAAGCAGAGGUGGGCCCAUGUUAAGAUUGGGGGAUUUUAGAGACAGAGCUCUGCUACAGAUCCAGAUUUCUGGUUUGAAUCAGUUUAAUGGAAGUGGGCCUAAACUACGAUAUUUGGAUCUGAAUCCAGAUUCCAAACUCUUCCCACCGUUGGGUGACUUUCAGUUUGGUGUUCCUAUCUGGUUUCAUCUCCGCACUAAAGAAGCUGACCUCAUUUUAGCAUCACUUUUGUGCUGUCUCUGAUCUACAAACAUCAUAUGUGGACCUUGACAGGGGAAGAACCUCUGUGAAUGUCAGUGUGAAGUGAUCCAGCAGGCAGUACAGUAUGACUCCAGUAUGUACAGCAGUGAAAUCUUUGCAAAGGUAUUUAGCCCACUUUUUUUUUAAAUGACAGUUUGGGUCACUUGUAGUUUGAAGACAAGGCUUGUCUAUAACAGACACCAUAAAUUAAUGGCAGCUUUGGGAGCCAGAUGUGACUGAGGACCACAGGUUUGUCUUUCUACAGCUUAUGUUAAAUAUACAGAAUUGCCAACCAGAAUUGUGUGUAUUGUAGAAAAUGGACUUGCAACAUUGUGAGGAGUCCCUUUGGGGAAUCUGUAUAAGUAUGGGCAUUGGUCCCAAUAUGCACAUACAUAACCUACCACUGGUGAUGGAAAUUGGGGAAGUAGCAGCUGCUAAUGGAAGCAUUCUGGCAGAAACAAAGGUCUUGGAUAGAGAUAGCAAGAAAGCAGAAGCCUGUCAUCAUAGAACAGGAAAUAGGAGUAAGAAUCGAGAGAAGACGGUCUUUUUUUCUAGGUGGUCAUUGUGUCACAGACAAUUGGAACUUGGACAACUGCAGAGACAAGCAAACUCUUUGUUUGAUUAUUGGGGAGUGUGGGAAGGAGAUCCAAACUGUCAAUUUUAAACUGAGACAUCCACUUUGUUGGAGAACAGAAAUUUUGAGUUAAAGGUGCAGGUUUGAGGGGAGUUUGGGACAAAAAUCAGUCAUACCAGGUAACUAUCAGCAAACUCCUAAUUCUGUGUGGAAAUUGCUGGUAAAGCCCAGAUGUUUUAGGCCUUGUCUACAUCCAACCAAGUUUAAGAAUGGCCAUACUGGGUCAGACCAAAGGUCCAUAUAGCCCAGUAUCCUGUCUGCCGACAGUGGCCAAUAACAGAUGCCCCAAAGGGAAGGAACACAACAGGUAAACCUCACGUGAUCCCUCUUCUGUCACCCAUUUACAGACAACAGAGUCUAGGGAUACCAUUCCUACCCAUCCUGGCUAAUAGUCAUUGAUGGAUCUAACCUCCAUGAAUCUAUCUAGCUCUUUUUUGAACCCUAGUCUUCAUCAUAUCCUCUGGCAAGGAGUUCCACAGGUUGACUGUGUGCUGAGUGAAAAAAUACUUUCUUUUGUUUAUUUUAAACCUGCUGCCUAUUAAUUUCAUUUGGUGACCCCUAGUUCUUAUAUUGUGGGAAUAAGUAAAUAGCUUUUCCUAAUUCACUUUUUCCAGACCAGUCAUGAUUUUAUAGACCUCUAUCAUAUCCCCCCUUAGCCUCCUCUCUUCUAAGCUGAAAAGUCCAAGUCUUUUUAAUCUCUCUUCACAUGGGACCUGUUCCAAAUCCCUAAUCAUUUUUGUUGCCCUUUUUGGAACCUUUUCCAAUGCCAAAAUAUCUUUUUUGAGAUGAGACGACCACAUCUGUACGUAACUCACUAGUGAUACAGCUGAGUAACUGUGGUUUGGAUCUACACACACAACACUAUUAACAUUCAGCUACUAAUCAAGGCAGCUAAGUCUACAGCUAUACUACCGUGAGGAUCAAGGCUUUGAGACUGACCCACCAGCAGCUGAUUUAGCGGGUCUAGUGAAGAUCCUCCAAAUCAAUCCAGAUCACUCUCCAGUCAACCCUGCUCCUCUACCUCUGUCGAGAAGAGUAAUGUAAGUAGAUAGAGGAGUUUCUCCUGUUGACCCCCCUGCAGUGUAGACCCCACUGUAAUUUGACCUAAGGUACAUUGACUCAGUUGCGUACUUUAGGUUGAUUUUCUGUGGUACUGCAGACAUAGGCUCAGUUAGGAUCUAGCCUUGAACAUGGUUGGCUUCUUAUAACCAGUUCAUAAAAUGUUUUAGCUGUACAGAUGAAUAGCCCACCAUGCUUUGGUCUCCCUGCUGCAGCAUGUUCUCUACUUUAGAUCCUCUUGAGGUAUCAUGAGAGAUGCCCAGAUUUUCCCACAAUGCACUGUUACAAACCUCAGGUAGAUGUGAAUGCAUAUACAUCUGUCACAUGGUUGCACUGUGAAAAAAUCUGCAGCACAGAGAAAUGUCUGUUGUAAAGGGUUACAGGAGGUAGGUUACACCACCAUUGUUUCUUAUGUAGCAUGGAUGGGACCUCAGGCUAAUGAGUUCAAAUGAUUCUGGCUCACUUCUUAUCCAAAAAUGCCUAUUUGGGGAAGAAGGAGAAAUAUUUUAUAAGUGGGGACAUCAUAUAUGAACUAAAGUUAUAACAAUACCAAAUUUGUUAUUUUUUUAAACUAAACUUUGUGUAAAGUGUGGGGUUUUUAAAAUGUGAAAUCUUAAUAUAAAAUGCAUCUCCACAGCUGUAAAACACUGUUAGGCACAUUUGAUGUUGUCAUUCUGUAGAGUGUAGUCAAUAGCUGUGAGAAUGUAAUUGAGUUUAUACAUAUCAUCUCUAUUUACAAGGUGAGAAAGGAAGCUCUAAUUCUGCAUAACUUGUAACAAAGAGAUUUCUCAUUGUUGUGUUUUGAAAUAAACAACUGUAUUUGUCA